GACACUUUGAAAGUACACUUUGGUAAGAAAUGGAUGAGGUAAUGACUUAUGUGUUCAUGGAUAAUGCAUCUGUUAGAGUUUUCAUUCUAUCAGGGUUAAACACAACAAAUGAUUACAGUGGAGCUCUAUUCACAUUUACAUUGCUGUAUUACUGUAUGAUUUUGUUUUUCAAUAUCUCUCUCAUCAUCAUCAUAAUCUUAGAUGAGAACCUGCAUGAACCCAUGUACAUCUUAUUGUGCAGUGUCUGCAUUAAUGGGCUUUAUGGCACCACAGGUUUCUACCCCAAAUUCCUCCUAGAUGUGCUGUCUUCCUCCCAACAGAUCUCAUAUGAAGGAUGUCUUUUACAGGCUUUUGUCAUGUACUCAUUUGCUUGCUCUGAGUUAUCCAUUCUAGCAGUUAUGGCUUACGACAGAUAUCUGGCUAUAUGUCGACCACUGCACUACCACUCUUUCAUGAAUAAGAGGAGGCUCUCUCAGCUGAUUUGUUUCUCCUGGCUCACACCUUUCUGCAUCUUCUCCAUCAAUGUUGUGCUAACUUCAAGACUAAAGUUAUGUAGUACAGAUAUUGAGAGAAUGUUUUGUGUGAACUGGGUAAUUGUUAAACUUGCCUGCCCUGACACUGACACAUUUUCAAACGGUAUAGCUGCAUAUAUUACAAUUUACUUGUAUGUAGCUCAUGGGUUAUUUAUAGUGUGGACCUACAUGCAUCUUAUUAGAACUUGUGUGAAAUCCAAAGAGGACAGGGUGAAGUUUAUGCAGACAUGUGUGCCACAUUUAGUAUCUUUACUCACGUUCCUUGUUGUAAUAGUUUUUGAUUUGAUGUAUAUGCGAUUUGGCUCCAAAGAUUUUCCGCAAAGCCUUCAAAACUUUAUUGCGAUGGAAUUUCUGCUCAUUCCUCCUGUGAUGAAUCCUUUAAUAUAUGGAUUUAAACUGGCCAAAAUACGAAACAGGAUUUUAGGUAUAUUUUGCAUUGAAAUAAAAUUGCAUUAUCCAUUGAGUUGA